GCCAGCAUGGCUAAAUUUCCGCAACUACUUCUGCAGGUGAUGCCGAUACUAUUGGAAACGCCAUCCAACACGCCAUUCACGGUACCCGAGGACAGCAUCGGACAACAACAAGUCAUCAUCCGCCCCCAUUGGCUGGAUUUUCAUCGUGGGCGCGAAACGUCAUCCACCACGCCACUACAAAAGCAAGGACCAGACCCGGCCAACAUCAGAGGGCUCGGCACUCACCCGACGGCCAGCAUGGCUAAAUUUCCGCAACUACUUCUGCAGGUGAUGCCGAUACUAUUGGAAACGCCAUCCAACACGCCAUUCACGGUACCCGAGGACAGCAUCGGACAACAACAAGUCAUCAUCCGCCCCCAUUGGCUGGAUUUUCAUCGUGGGCGCGAAACGUCAUCCACCACGCCACUACAAAAGCAAGGACCAGACCCGGCCAACAUCAGAGGGCUCGGCACUCACCCGACGGCCAGCAUGGCUAAAUUUCCGCAACUACUUCUGCAGGUUGGUUUACAAUACAAGCAGCACAGUUAUAAAAAUAGCUACAAAUUUGUGGUGAUAGUGCCGUGCCCUCAAAAGUGUUUUGCCAUUUUGUGUGAUUGCUGGCGUCGGUUAAUGUUGUUGCUGCUUUCUGGGGACGUUGAAUCGAACCCAGGACCAUUAACAAUAGAACAGAAGUUAGAAAAGAUUUUGGAAAAUCAGGGCCAGAUGAGUAAGGAUCUUCAAGAAGUUAAAAGUGGUCAAGCAAAUCUUAGGCAAGAAAUGCAUAAUAUUCACGGAAAAAUUAAUAAACUGGAAAAUGCAAUGUCAAAUAUUCAGAGCGAAAUGGUGAAAGUUGAUAGUCUAAAGGAAGUCGUUGCAAACCUAGAACAGACAGUCAGACAGCAAAGUGAAAAGCUAAUUGACCUAGAAAAUAGAGGAAGGCGAAAUAAUCUACUUAUAUUUGGCUUACCCGAAAAACACAACGAAAGCACUGAGAAACUGAAGCGAACCGUAACGAAAGAUGUCUUCCUGGAGACUCUCGGCAUCACAGUAACUUCGAUUGAGCGAAUUCACAGACUUGGACGUAAGCGCGAGGAAACGAAUAGACCGGUAAUCAUAAAGUUCUUCGACUACAACGAGAGAGAGGAAAUAUUUAAAAACUGUAGAAAACUAAAAGGAACUAAGCUCAGUAUCAGUAGUGACUACGCAAAAGAAACAGUGCAAGUAAGAAAACUAUUAUGGGGAAGCGCGGCAUCGAACAGAGCAAAGGGCGAUAAGGUAUCACUUGUACAUGACAAGCUGAAGAUUAAUGGUGAAACAUUUGUGUGGGAUCUUAAUCUAAACCAGCGACGUCGUGUUCAACCCAGUGGGGCAGCCUACAACUGACGCGAUGCAAGGGCGGCUGAAAACGAUCCACCUGAAUUGAGAGUUAUUAGCCUAAACGCC